AUGCCAAUGGCCAGCUUCUAUGCGGCCCGUUUUUUCCUACAGCGUCCACUUCUCCGUCUGUACACUACCACCGUCCACCCUCCUACCAUUCGAGAACAAUUGACUGCUGGCGUAAAAAAUGCAUUGAAGAACAAGGAUCCGUUUACCUCAACAUUACUUCGCUCUGUUCUUUCCGAAGUGUAUGCCGCAGACAAGGCUAAAGGUCCCGUUUCCCAAUCUACCAUAGUUUCCAUCAUGCGGAAAGCUGUUGCUCGUCGGAAUGAAGCUAUCGACCAAUAUACGAAAGCCAACAGGCAAGAUCUCGUCGACAAAGAGUCCAAAGAAGCCACCGCGUUGGCAGCAUUUCUACCUCCACUACUAUCCGAGGCAGAGAUAGACACUCGACUGCGCGCUGCUAUCGAAGCGGAAGGUAUCUCUGCCGACAAUGACCCACGGAAGAGCGCUGGAAAAAUUAUGAAGGCCUUCUACGCGGCUGUGGACAAGUCUGGGGUUGACACGCCCCUUGUAAAACAACGACUAGAUAUUCUUCUACCUCAAAAGUAG